AUGGCUGCUGCUGCUAACAACGGAGGUCAACGGCCCUUCGUGGAUCUAGUAUCGGUGGUUCCUCAGCCUCUUCCAGAAAUGUCUGUGGCGUUUCGUCUGCUGAAAUCUAAGGAUGGUGAAAUUUUUUUCCAGUUUUCUAAGGAGGAAGUCCAACGAUCUGCCGAGCCUUUUCGGUACUCGAUUGUUUUGAAGUUUUUGAGGAACCGACCAUCCUUGGAUGCAAUUCGGGCCUUCAUUCAUAAGCGAUGGAAUCUUGAUGGCAUUCCAGUCGUUUCCAAUAUGAGGCAUCCUCGGAAUGUUUUUAUCAGAAUGGUUUCGGAAGAAGACUGCAUGAAGGCUCUGUCUCGUGAAGUUAAUGAUAUAGAUGGGAUUCCUUACCGUCCAUUCCACUGGACUCCAGACUUUAAAGAAGAAGAAGAACCCUCGAUUGUACCGAUGUGGAUUGUACUUCCAGGUUUGCCUCCUAACUAUUAUCAUGAAUCCUUCCUUAAAAUUCUUACAGCCCCUAUUGGUAGAUUUAUUAGAAGUGAUAACUCUACUCGUUGUGUUACUCGAACCGAUGGUGCUCGUAUUUGUGUCGAAAUGGAUGCUGCUAAGAAACCGUUACCUUAUUUUUGGAUUGGGAUGCCUGGUUUGGGAACUAGCCGAAAGCAAGAAAUUAUAUAUGAAACUUUGCCGGCGUUUUAUUCUAAAUGUAAAAUACAGGGGCAUAACUUAAAGACUUGCCGUGCUGGGAAAAAGAGUGCAAGAAGUAAUGUGUGGGUUCGGCAACAAGAACCGAUUGUGGAGGAGCCGACGGACAAGAUUAAUAACCCAGUUAUUGAAGAUACAGAAGUUGAAACAAACAAAGCAACUGAGGAGAAUCGGGUGUUAGUUGAUCCCAUUCUUUUGGUUGAGGUGUUGGAACCGGAAAAGGAUCAAGAGGAAAAUCUUGAGAUUCUGGAUCUUGCGAAAGAUAUGAACCCAGGAAGUAUUGAAGGAAAUUGGAUUGCUCGAACCGAUUAA